AUGAAGAUAAAGGAGAGAUUUCAAAGCAUAGUGAAUGGUGUUUCAGGGCGGUUAAAAGAUUUUGCAGAAAAGAUAUGGCUUCCGACAUGGCUGGUUAAAACUAGUGUAGCAAGAUCUUCUUCACUAGCGAUUCUCUUCUUGGUUUGUCUCUGUGUUGGAGCUUUUGUCUCUACCCGGUUCCUCGACUCUUGUACAACUACUCCAAUGACUGCUGCACCUAACUCUCAAAACUCCAUUUUCACCGGCAUAACAUCCAACCGACCCAGUCCUGAUAAAUUGCACCAGAGUAAAUCCCAACUCCAACUCAACUGCUGGCCUGCAAACAGUACCAGAAAAUGUCCAUCAAAUUACUACCCUUCAAAUCAUUCAGCCGAAAAGCAGAAUCAUCACAGUCCUCAGCAACAGCAACAACCCAUCUGUCCGGAAUAUUUCCGCUGGAUCCACCAAGAUUUAUGGCCCUGGAGAGAGACUGGAAUCACGGCGGAGAUGGUGGAGGCAGCCAAUAAAAUGAAGUCAGCCUUUUACAGAUUGGUGAUUGUGAAUGGUACAGCUUACUUGCAGACCCACAUGCGUUGUUUUCAAACUAGAGAUGUUUUCACCCAAUGGGGUAUUUUACAGUUGCUGAGAUUGUAUCCUGCCCAAAUCCCUGAUUUGGACUUGGUAUUCAACUGCGGCGAUCUGCCGGCAGUUCCUAAAGAAACUUACCCGAAACCUAAUGCCCAAGCUCCGCCGCCACUUUUUAGCUAUGACGGAAAUAAUGCCACCUCUGAUAUCAUUUUUCCGGAUUGGUCCUUCUGGGGAUGGCCUGAAAUCAAUAUAAAGCCAUGGGAGGCAUUGUCAAAGGAGCUGAAAGAAGGGAAUGAGCAGAGUAAAUGGAUUAACAGGGAACCGUAUGCAUAUUGGAAAGGCAAUCCUCAUGUUUCUCCAAACAGGAUGGAUUUGCUCAAGUGCGGGGUCUCAGAUAAGCAGGACUGGAAUGCUCGUAUUUACGUUCAGGACUGGUUUCGAGAAACUCGGCAAGGUUUCAGAACUUCAAAACUGGCAGAUCAAUGCAAGCACAGAUACAAAAUCUAUAUAGAAGGAAGAGGAUGGUCUGUAAGUGAGAAAUACAUACUUGCAUGUGAUUCACUUAGUUUAAUAGUGAAUACACGUUUUGACCAUUUCUUCACCCGAAGUUUGAUGCCAUUGCAACAUUAUUGGCCCAUAAGGGAUGACGAUAAGUGCAGAUCAAUUAAGUCUGCUGUUGAAUGGGGCAAUAGCCAUCCAAAAGAGGCACAGGCCAUUGGCAGAGCAGCUAGUAAAUUCAUCCAAGAGGAACUGCAUUUGAGUUACGUUUAUGAUUACAUGUUUCAUCUAUUAACAGAGUACGCUAAGCUUCUAACAUACAAGCCAGUUAUUCCUCCGAAAGCUGUAGAAUUGUGUUCAGAAUCUAUGGCGUGUCCAGCGCAGGGUUUGAUGAAGAAAUACAUGAUGGACAGCCUCGUUUCGAGUCCCUCUGAUGUACCUCCAUGUACAAUGCCUCCGCCUUAUGAUCCUUCAACUCUUCAUUCCAUUUUGGAGAGGAAAAGGGAUUCCUUAAAGCAAGUAGAAAUGUGGGAAAAAGAAUAUUGGGGCACUCACAAGUAA